AUGAAUAACCUCGAAUUAUUAAUUAAGAAGUUAGAAGUACUGGAUAUUGAAAUUAAUAUUAUAGGUGAUUUUAACUUUGAUGUAGGUGCUUCUCCCCCUAAUGCACCUACUAAGCAUUUCUUGGAUCUCUGCAACUUAUACCAGUACCAUCAACUUAUUAAAGAGCCUACUCGAAUAACCGAACGCUCUUCAACUACAAUUGAUUUAUUUAUUACUAAUAAUCCAACAAUGUAUGUGAAAUCUGGAGUUUGCCACAUUGGUAUUAGUGACCAUUCACUUGUAUAUGCAAUUCGUAAACUUUGUGUAUCAACGCAAAUUCAUUCAUUUCAACGCAAAUUCAUUUAGAUAUGAUCUCAGCUUAGCCCCGUGGCAUAUCAUUGAGGAGUACGAAAAUGAUCCAAAUCUCGCUUGGGAUGCUUGGAAAACUAUAUUCCUGAAAAUAUCUGAUAUUCAUGCACCCAAACGGAGUAGAAAAAUUCGAAAUAAGCACUCUCCUUGGUUAACCCCAGAACUUAAGAAAUUGAUGUUUGAGAAGGACCGACUGAAAAGAAUAGCAAGUAAACAUGAUACUGAACAUAACUGGUCCAA